GCUUCGCCGCACCAAGAGAAGAUGGUGGGCCGGAACAGCGCCAUCACCGCCGGCGUGUGCGGGGCGCUCUUCAUCGGCUACUGCAUCUACUUGGACCGCAAGAGGCGGAGCGACCCCAACUUCAAGAACAGGCUUCGGGAACGAAGAAAGAAACAGAAGCUUGCCAAGGAGAGAGCUGGGCUUUCCAAGUUACCAGACCUUAAAGAUGCUGAAGCUGUUCAGAAGUUCUUCCUUGAAGAAAUACAACUUGGUGAAGAGCUGCUAGCUCAAGGUGAAUAUGAAAAAGGUGUGGACCAUCUGACAAAUGCAAUUGCUGUGUGUGGACAGCCACAGCAGUUGCUGCAAGUGUUGCAGCAAACUCUUCCACCACCAGUGUUCCAGAUGCUUCUGACUAAACUUCCAACAAUCAGUCAGAGAAUUGUAAGUGCUCAGAGCUUGGCUGAAGAUGAUGUGGAAUGAGAAACAUGUCAACAUAAUAAAAUCUCAGUUAAAAAAUUUAAAAAUUCUUGGAAGUUGAGCAGCUCUGGGAGAAUAAGGGCAAAUGUGCUUGUUAUAGACUGUCCUACACUGAAGUCUACCAAAGUUAAUGUUUGCUUUGUGUAGAUCCAUUUGUUUGUUUUAUUUAUUUUUCCCAGUGAAAAGUGUAUUUUGAUAGAGCUUUUCAUUUUAUAAAUACACUGAGUUACCAGAAUA